AUGCUUGUUUAUGUUGAUGAUAUUGUCAUUACUGGUUCCUCCCAACAAGCAGUCGAUCGCCUACUCCGUGCAUUAUCUCCCUCCUUUCCUCUCAAAGACCUUGGUCAACUUUGCUAUUUAUUGGGAAUUGAAGUCGCUCACAAUUCAGGAGGAAUUAUCUUGAUGCAACUCAAAUAUGCAUCUGAUCUUUUAAAACGUGCCAACAUGGUGAAUUGUAAAAGCGCUUCAACUCCCAUGUCAGUGACUGAAAAGCUUUCCCUUAAAUAUGGAACACCACUAAGUGAUGAUGAAAUUUUCAAAUACAGAAGCAUGGUGGGAGGUCUGCAAUAUCUCACCCUAACACAGCCAAAUAUUUCUUUUGAUGUAAAUAAGGUGUGUCAAUACCUCUCGAAACCUACAAAUGUACAUUGGGAGGCAGUAAAACGAAUAUUGAGAUAUGUUAAAGGCACGAAAAAUACAGGUGUUUGCAUCCAGAAAUCCAACUCUACACUUCUGAGUAUAUUCACAGAUUCAGAUUGGGCAGGCUGCUUAGACUUUCGAAAAUCUACCGGAGGUUUUGUAGUAUUUUUCGGCCCAACUUUAAUUUCAUGGAGUUCAAGGAAACAACCCACGGUGUCUCGGUCCAACACAAAAGCUGAGUACAAGGCUUUAGCUAAUGGUACAACAGAAGCUAUAUGGAUACAAUCCUUACUUAAGGAGCUUGGUAUUCGUCAAAUGCGACCACCUGUGUUAUGGUGUGAUAACUUGGGGGCUACGUACUUAACUACUAAUCCAGUUUUUCAUGCACGAACCAAACACAUUGAAGUUGAUUUUCACUUUCUUAGAGAAAAGGUGGCGAUGGGUGCUCUUGAUGUUUGUUUCAUAUCCUCAAACGAUCAAAUUGCAGAUGGAUUUACAAAGCCAACAACACGCAAUAUGUUGGAUCGUCUCAGGCACAAUCUGAACCUAGUCACGGUUAAGAUUAAGGGGGGAUGUAAACAGAUUAGAUAG